CCAUUGGCUCCGUGACGUCAGCGCAGCUCAGGACUCUCUCCAGCAGCGGCGUGUCCUCCCUCAACAAACGCGAGCAAUGCGAACCGAACGCCAGCGAAACGCGCUCCGCAGACCGGCGCUCGCCGCGGAUUAAACCGGGGAACUCUUCAAAUCAUGACGGGAACGGCGGAGAAGUGAAGCCCGACGUGUUGAGUACGCAGCGCGCUCUGAUUUCGCGUAAUACACGCGCAGUAUGCAGGAGCCCAGCUGAUCGAGACUCGAACCCGCAGCGUUUAGUUAACCGCACGAACCAUUGCUCGACUCCAGAACCAGAAACAGCUCAAAUUAGCUCAUUAGUCCGGCUCAGCAGCUAAUUAAUGAUGGCGGGGAAGCUGACAGCGCAGGGCGCGGGAAUCCUGCUGGUCACCGCCAACGUUGGAUCGCUGUUUGAAGAUCCGGAGAACCUACAGAAGACGUGGCUGCGGGAGUUUUGCCAGACGGUUCAGACGCACCGGCCGCUCUUCGUGGCUCUUCACUGUCAGGAGGUCGGAGGGAAGAACUACGAGGCGUCCAUGACACACGUGGACAGCUUCAUCAAAGAGCUGCUGUCUAGUGACGCCAUGAAGGACUUCAGCCGCGCUCGUGUCUACCUCGACAAGAACUACAAAUCCCAGGAGCAGUUCACAGCACUGGGAUGUUGCUACUUCAUCCACGAAUCCUUGAAAAACAUCCAGCAGUUUGAUUUCAAAGCCAAGAAGUUCAGGAAGGUGUUUGGGAAGGAGGUGUGUUCGGACGCUCUUCUGAGCGCAGCCACGCUGGAGAAAGAGAAGUUUCCUCAAGACUAUUUCCCUGAGAGUAAAUGGUCCAGAAAAGGCUUCAUCCGAACCCGAUGGGCGCUGGCUGACUGUGCCUUUGACCUGGUGAACAUCCACCUGUUUCACGACGCGUCUAACCUGGUGGCGUGGGAGAAGAGUCCGUCGGUUUACUCGGGAACCAGGCAGAAAGCGCUGGGCUUCGUGCUGGACAGGAUCACGGAUCAGCGCUUCGAGCGGCUGCCGUACUUCAUCUUCGGCGAUUUCAACUUCAGAUUGGACUCCAAGCAGGUCAUUGAGAGUCUGUGCUCGACGGCUAGCGUGCAGACGGUGAGAUCCGCCGACACCAAUGAAGUCGACAAACUCAUCUUCAGAGAGUCAGACAAUGACCGCAAGGUUGUCCUCCAGCUGGAAAAGAAGUUGUUUAACUACAUUAACCAGGACGUUUUCCGGGAAAACAAUGGAACGCUGCUCUUAGAGUUCGACAGAGAGCUGUCUGUGUUUAAGGAGCGUCUGCAUGAGCUGGACAUCUCGUUUCCUCCAAGUUAUCCGUACAGUGAAGACUCCAGUCAGGGAAAGCAGUACAUGAACACUCGAUGUCCCGCCUGGUGUGACCGGAUCCUCAUGUCCGCCUCGGCCAAAGACCUGCUCGUAAAGCCAGAGAAUGAGGAGAAAUCAAUAACAUACGACAACAUCGGACCCAACGUGUGUAUGGGGGACCACAAGCCAGUCUACUUGUACUUUCGGUUAAGCACAGGGGCAGGUAAACCUCAUGCAAAUAAGCACAAGUGUUGUGUCGUGCAGUGAUGUGGAAAAUGGUGCCAAAGGUUGGAGAAGAUUUCAUGAAAAGCGUCCCUGUGAGAAGCUCCGACACGGGUGGAUGGACACACACACACACACACACACACACACGCAAACAGAGGACGCUGUAAAGACUUUUCAGCAGGACUGACCAGUCGCAUUUGUCCAGUGCAUGCAAUCACGUCCAUAGAAACGACACACAGAGUUCACGAAUGCUUCACGAGUCGAGAUCAUGGACACACACACACACACA